AUGGCAACCUUUCCUCCACAACACCAAGUUUUCUUAACCAAUCUCGACCAAAACUUCAUCCCAAAGACCUAUGAAGAAGCAAUGGAAGAUGAUGAAUGGAGAGAAUCAGUGGGAGAUGAGAUGGGUGCUAUGGAAAGGAAUGAUACAUGGUUUGAAUCGGAGCUACCUAAAGGCAAGAAAGAUGUGACCAGCAUGCUACUCUUCACCAUCAAAUACCUUGCUAAUGGAAAACAAGAAAGGAAGAAGACAAGAAGAGGGUUUGUAAAGUCAGAACCUGAUCACACUCUAUUCACUCUCACAAGCAAGCAAGGAAUUGUGGUGAUAUUGAUCUAUGUGGAUGAUAUCAUCAUCACAAGAAGCAACAAGGAAGGUAUCAUCUCUACAAAAGCAUUCCUUAAAUCUAGCUUUGAUAUUAAAGAUUUAGGAAAGCUUAGAGGAAGAGUAGCUAAGUCACCACUUGAAGAAGUGUACAAAGUCUUGCGUGAGGGGGAGUUUGAGGAUACUCCAUUUGGCGAUUUCAAGCUCUAUAGAAGGAUGGUUGGGAAGCUAAUCUAUCUCACCAUUACAAGACCAGACAUCUAUUGGGCUGGUGAUAGAGUAGACAGGAGGUCAACAACAGGCUAUUGUACUUUCAUCGGAGGCAACCUAGUCACAUGGAAGAGCAAGAAGCAAAAUGUGGUAUCAUGUUCAAGUGCAGAGGCAGAGUAUAGGGCAAUGAGGAGCUAG